AUGAGUUCAUUUGCAGGUCGGAUGAAGGAGUAUCCUACAGUCUCUGUGGACCGGUUCGACAGAGAGAACUUACAUGCCAGGGCAUAUUUCCUCUCUCACUGUCACAAAGAUCACAUGAAAGGACUGAAGGGACCAAUACUGAAGAGAAAACUACAGUUCAGUCGCAUGGUCAGGCUGUACUGCUCCUUCGUGACCAAAGAGCUUCUGCUGAGCAAUCCUAAAUAUGCUUUCUGGGAGGAAUACAUCGUUCCUCUGGAGCUGGAGAGCCCGACUCAGAUUUCUCUGGUGGAUGAGGCAUCAGGAGAGAAAGAAGAUCUUGUGGUCACGUUGCUCCCUGCAGGCCACUGUCCCGGCUCUGUGAUGUUCCUGUUUGAGGGUUCCCGUGGAAACGUGUUGUAUACUGGAGACUUCAGGUUUGCUGUCGGAGACGCAUCGAGAAUCGAACAUCUGCACUCUGGCAGCAGAGUGAAGGAUAUUCAAACUGUUUACCUGGACUCCACCUUCUAUGAUCCACGAUACUACCAAAUUCCUACUCGGGAGAUGUGUCUGAACGGUAUCUCAGAGCUGAUUGGAAACUGGAUCAGUCAGAGUCCGUAUCAUGUCGUGUGGCUCAACUGUAAAGCUGCGUAUGGAUACGAAUACCUGUUCACCAACCUGGGAGAGACAUUCAACACACAGAUUCACGUCAGGAGUCUGGAGAUGUUCAAGAAGAUGCCGGAGAUCCUGAGCUACGUGACGACUGAUCGCAGGACACAAAUCCAUGCGUGUCGACAUCCUAAGGAUGAAGAGUUUUUCCAGGGCAACAGGCUGCCGUGUGGCUGCACAGCCUUUGACGGGACUCCUCUUCGUAUCAUCAGCAUCAAACCGUCCACCAUGUGGUUCGGAGAGAGGAUGAGGAAAACCAACGUUAUAAUAAAAACAGGAGGCAGUUCCUUCAGAGCCUGCUUCAGUUUCCACUCCUCUUACUCAGAGAUUAAAGACUUCCUCUCCUACCUGAAGCCGGUCAACAUCUACCCCAGUGUUAUCCCUCUUGGUCGCACGUUAACCGAGGUGUCACAGUUGUUGAACCUGAUGUGCAGGAAUCAGUCUGAUCUAGUAAUGUUCGUAUACAAACCUCUGGGAGUCCUCAAACGCACCAUGGUGGAGGGACCUACACACGAUUCAGACAGCGAUGACGGGCUGUUUGACGGGCUGGACCUGGUGCCGGUGAGGAAGAAGAUGGGCUUGAACUCUGAAAUAAAAACUGCGAGCCCUCCGAAAACAGCGCCCCCUGUGUCUGUGGUGGAGUCUUUCCCUCUGACGGUCACAGACUCGCAGCCUGUUGCACAUAACUACAUGGACUGCACCGAGUCCAAUGAUGAAGAGGAUGGUGAUGAUGAGGAGGAGAAGGAGAAAGAUGGAAAAGGAGAUACUUCUAAUCCUCCGAAAUGGGACGACUUCUUCACCGCGGAGACGCUGACGGACAGCCAGAACAGCCUCAACAGCCAAUCACAGUCCUGCUGCUCUGCCGCUAGCCCCGCCUCCUCCUCCUCAAAAAUGACCGGCUCUCAGACUCCAGAUCUGUUCAGCGACGAAGAAGAAAACCCAGAAACCAACGAACACUUCAGCCUCAUCCUGUCGGCCUCUACGUCAAAUCAUUCCUCCCAGAACCAGGACUUGGAGUUAGCCGACACUUUAAUCCUGGAGCAGCAGGAGCAGGAGGAGCUCUCAGAAUCUCAGGCAUCGUCGGACUUUGAUAUUCCCUGCACGCCCGAGUCGAAAAUCCCCCGACCGGAUGAGCUGUCGCAGUUGUACAAGAAGCUGGCGUCAGGAGAGGAAGUGAUGGUCAGAAAAGGAAGUCAGGGCUUCGCGUGAUAAAAAGGAACGUUAAAGGACGUUUUUUACUAACUACAUUCCUCAUAUUCAUCCACAGUAGAUCAUAAAGAUGCUAAUGUGCCUUGUUGUGUAUUCAGACUGUGAGCAAAAGGUUUAGGUCGACUAUCUGCAGCUUCUUCUGAACAUUAUAUUGAUUCGAUGAGAAAAAAUAGCCAGUUUGGAAGUGCUUGAAAGGAUGCUUAAACUUGAAAGUGCAUUCAUUUAUAUUUUUCCAGCCACUUGGUUGAAGUUGAAAUCUACGAUAUAUAGUAGAAAUCCACUUGAAGUCAAUAUGGAGAACUUGUUAAA